UCACGGUGAAGUUUAGGAGAUAGGUGAGAGGGAAACUGAACACUGUCCGUUAUUGUUCAUGAUGUCAUCCAAGUCUUCGUCCUCCAAGUCAACUGAGGAGAAAAGGUCAGAGGUCAGAAAUAAACACCUUUUGUCCUCGCCGAUUCUCUUGCGCUGCCACCAUGUCUCGGAUCAUUAUCGUUACACUCCUGCUCUUGGUUCUGAGUGACUUCUGCCACAACACAGUUUCAGGUGAUCAAGCUUCUUUGACCAGAGGCUACUUUCGCAAGUGUGGGUGCAAAGUUCAUCGUAAUAGAAUAUUAUGUGAUGCAAAGAAUGAGACCAGGAAGAGGUGCCUCUGCUCCCAAGCAACAUCAGACACAUUUCCAAAGUUUCACAAGUUCUGCAGAUCGUUGCAUCAAAGCCCGCCCCUGUCCUUGCUGUGAAGGACCUUGCAGAGUUCAUGGUGGCUCAUCUAUUACACAAGAUUAAAUCACCACAACACACGAUGUGAAUAAUGUCAUUAAGUCGUGCCAUAAUGCAGGUUUGCCUAAUAUCCUAUCUGUGACCGGUCCUACAUUGUUAAUAUAAACAUUUUAUACCUAAAUAUGCUCCUUUUGUUCUGCAUUUCAUACUUCAGUUAAUCUUGAGAUCUUUGUGUUGCCAGUUUCAGCCCUCAUGGAAGAUCAGAUCAGGUUUUCCUUAAUAGGGGUGGAACUUCCCUCACAGGCACCUUUCCUGUUAUUAUAUUCAGGACAGGGAACAAGAAAUUCAUUGAUAGUGGGGGAAUAUGUUGUUAUGAUGCUUACGAGAAUGAGACUGACAUUUACUUGUGCUUGAAUUCCAGUGAUUCAUAAUAAAAUUCUUUUUCUACUACACCCUUGUUCACGUGUGCACCUUUCAAACCAAAUCCCAUUUUGUGUACCAUUGUUCUUAUCACUGAGCUGACUAAUCUCUUUGAAAAUACUUUAGUCAGCAGUCAGUGAAGAGUGUUCUUUUUGGACAUUCUCGUAUUUACACCAAAACACUGAGAAGUGCCAACACUUGAGCGUAUUAAAAUCAAACCGGAGCGAAGUCGACAGUAACUAAAUUGCUCCCUGUACUUUUCACACGUCAUAAAUAGACCAGGGAGCAAUGACUUGUGCAGUUGGGUCCCAAGGUUCCCUGGUGGUCCAGGUUCAGCCGAGUCAAUGGAGCACUGGCCUGUGUGAGUGUUAUAAAGACAUGGGCGACUGCUGCUUUGCCCUUUGCUGCCUCCCAGUGUUCACCUGUAAGGUGACCAGUGCAGUGGGAGCAUGUCCCUGCCUGCCUCUGCUGGACUGCAUUGGCUGUGCGUCACCAGCCUCUCUCGCCAUGAGGGCUUCCGUCAGGGAGCGCUACGGAAUACCGGGGAGCGUGUGGAGCGACUGCCUGUAUGGAUGCUGCUGCUAUCCGCUAUCUUGGCUCCAGAUCUCCAGAGAGCUGAAGAGAAGGGCAGCAACCCACGCCUCCUCUUCCCCCUCGUCAGCCAGAUACGCUGCCCUGAUCUCCCUGCAGGGGGCGCACUUGGUCUAGAUCGGACGUUUCCCACAGUAAAGGAGUUGGUGCAGUCAAACUUCCCCUAUUCUGUUAACGCUGCCGGUUACAGUAACCUCACCCAGUCCAGUCCAUGACUGUAGACAGCACAGACCCAAAAUAAGUAGAGUAAGAUUCACUUUGUGUGUUAUUCAUAGUAACUAAGUAACUGUAGGUGGUAGUGCUUUACUUUAGCAUUUGGAGGAUAUACUGUAUGUAAUGUACUGUAUGCAUGUAGUACUGUAGCGGGUGUAGAUUUUACGAAAGGGACAUUGUGACAGAUUAAAGCAGUGAUUUGCCAUCAUUUUGUCAUAUUACGAAUGAGUUUUUCUGAUAUUCACAAAUAAUUUGUGGGUUUAUUUGAACAUUUGAAACUUGUAAAAGGUUUAGCACAAGGCCCAUUUCAUUUUUUUCCUGUGACCUUAGUGGAUAAAAGUAAAGCCCAGGUUUAUAGUUUCUCUUGUGCACCUCUACAUGUAACUCACUGGAAACUAAGCAGGUUGUAAAUGCAGGACUAUUUAUUAUGCAUAUUUACAUAUUUAUUUGCCUGUUUGGUUCUUAAGGAGUCUCAGCUCAUGGUUUGUGUGAAAGCCUUAAAUACUCAGCUUCUGCCUUUCAGGGACAUGUAGCUUAAAUGAACAUAGUUGUAGAGUGGAAAUUAUUGCAUGCACGAUAAUGAAAUUAAAAAUGUUAUUGUUUCUAGCUGCAAACAAGUUUUUCCAUUAUUAUUUC